AUGAACUUGUUACGCAAUCAAGACUCUAGAAAACGACAAACAAAGAAGGACGACGCUAUUCGCAAGCGCAUAGAACAUGAUUUGAGCAAAAAGAAAAAAAAUGGGUCAUACAUUGCACGGCAUAAGCGGCCAAUGCCUGGUACUGUGUUAUCACUCAAACCUAAUGAGCCAAUAACAUGCAAAGCAACAGCAACUGUUUAUGAAGUAUCUCAAUUGAUGAUUGCUAGACGAGAAAAUUGUGUAUUGGUAGUAGGCGAAGAAGGUGAUUUAAUGGGUAUAUUUACCGCCAAGGAUCUUGCAUUCAGAGUUGUGGGUGCUGGUUUAAACGCCGGUAAUGUGACUAUAAACAAGAUCAUGACUCCAAAUCCCAUAUGUACCAUGGAGAACAACCCUGCAUCUGAUGCAUUAACCUUGAUGGUAGACAAAGGGUUUAGACAUUUGCCCGUCAAGAAUGAAUUGCAGCAGGUUGUUGGGAUCUUAGACAUUACAAAUUGUUAUGCGCAACAAAUGGAGAAGCUAGAAAGAAUGCACAACAGUUCAAAGAAACUAUACGAAGCGUUGGACUCGGUGCAAACGGAAAUAGGGUUGAAACAACACCCACAACAAGUUUUUGAGUAUUUUGAAAAGCUACGGAGCAAAAUGAAUGGCCCAACUUUGGAAACCGUAUUGGACGAGCAAACAGCACCAAUUUAUGUGAGUGUAAAGGCAACUGUACUUGAAGCAACUGUGUUGAUGAAGGAGAACAACACCACUGCUGUAUUAGUUAAAGAUACUAAUGAAGAGCUAACGGGUAUAUUCACAUCUAAAGAUGUGGUGCUACGAGUUAUUGCGGCUGGUUUAGAACCCAAGCAAUGUUCAGUUGUACGAGUGAUGACCCCGCAGCCAGAUAUGGCUAAUGCCAACUUACCAAUACAGCAAGCUUUGCGGCAAAUGUUUAAUGGCCAUUAUUUAAACCUACCGGUGUUUUGUGAUGGUGCUAAUGGUGGUAAUGAAGAUGAUGUUAGUGGUGAUAUUCGAAAAAAAAGAGUCUGCAAUAUAAUUGGCAUUGUUGAUGUGUUAAAAUUGACCUGCUCAACAUUGAAUCAGAUCAAGCAACUUGAAUUGGAUGACUUUAUGCCAGAAGCACUUGUUGACUCACACGAGUCUUUGGGUCCAGCGUGGAGUAAAUUUUGGACUGAACUAGGGAAUGAGGAUACCAUUUCCAAUCAUUCAGAAAUAGUCGUAGAUAUGGAUGCAAUGCAUAAUGGUGAAGAAGUUGUCAAUGAUGCUGUGAAUGAUAGUAUUGUUGCUGAAAAUACUAGACACAUUGCAUCUACUACUGCAUCUAGUACUGCAGCUGCUGCUGCUGCUGCUGUCGCGACAGAUGCAGCUGCUACAGAGGCUGCACCACUCCAUUCACAUCCAGAAAUAAACCCUUCAGAUUCUGUAUCUAGAGCAAAUUCAUUGACAACAAGAGGGUCUUAUCAUCAUUCCAUUGGAGGGCCACUUUCAAGUAGAAUGCUAAGCACCGAAGAUAUAAUGUUUGUAUUUAAAUUCCGGUCUCCAGGGCAUAUAGGAAAAGUACAUCGUGUGGCAUUGGCUUAUGGCGACGGAAUUGAGAAACUAAAAGAAUUGAUUGGUGCAAAACUACUAGCAAAGGAUUUUGAGGCUUUAGGGGUCAAUAGAAGUGUCAAGGAAGGAACAUACAUUGUGAGUUAUUUAGAUGAUGAGAAUGACAUUGUUUCCAUAACAUCAGAUUAUGAUCUACUCGAAUGUGUUCGGGUCAAUCGCAAGUUAGGCAAGGAAAAGGCAGAUGUAUACCUUAGUAGUCUAUCUAACCACAUUGCUAUCAAUGAAGCACGCAAGUGUCACAAACGAAAUAAUAGAUAUUUUUCGUCUGUGAUGGAUAGUGAAUAUCUCCUUCCUAGUAUUAUUGCCAUACUAGCAUCAUCUGCUGUUGUUGGGUUCACCCUUAGUAGAAGAUAA